AUGGCGUCCCCCAGAUAUAAGGGUCCUGUGAGGAAAAAGCUCAACUCAGAGCUUGAUGUGGUUGUCAGCAGUCUGAGGACGGAGAAUGCCUAUCUGAAGAAGACCCUGUUUGAGCUGUCUCGUCAACAUUCAGAACAUAAUAGGCUGGUAGAGAGAUUCCUCUCCCUUGAAACUGUUAGGCUUGGUUCUCAGCAGCUCACGCACAAAGACGAGAAUGCUUUGCCGUCAGAGCAGCUGAGUAAGAAAGAAGGGACGCAGAUGGACGUAGACUCCGCUUCAGAUGAAUCCGCCUCACCCAACACCGCAGUAGAGCUCAAAAAUCACUUAAGUGAGGCCUUGGAGAAAAACAAGCAGUGGCUGGAAUAUGACCAGCAGAGAGAGGCCUAUGUGAGGGCAACUCUGGCCAGAAUGUUAUGGCUGGAGAAGCAGCUGAACGAAGCCAAUCAGGCCCGCUUACAGCAGCACAAUGGGGACCAUUCAGAUGGUGAGUGAGACAGUGGGCAGUGGGCACUCACGGCUAGGGCCACAAGGGGCAACAGACUGUCACAACAAGAGACGGAGAAAAUGAGCCAGAUGCAGGAGUACUAUGAAAGACUCCUACAGAAAGCCAAAAACGAGCUGGAGGUGCUCAGAGAGAAGUUCAACAUGACCUACCAGAAACUGAUAAUGACCCAAAACUGGUGCAAGGAAAAAGAGAGGGAGGUGGAAAAGCUAAAACCACAGCUGCAGACUAAAAACACGAGCAGAACAAGUGCACCGGGGGAUCAUGAUUGCUCCGAGGAUGACGAACAAUGGCUGAGUGCUGAGACCGAAAACCUCCAGUGCAGACUGGAUGAGGAGCAGCGGAAGUCUGCUAACUUUGAGCUGCAGUCGUCUCUCUUUCAGAAGUUUUUGUUAAAUCGUCACCAUGCAGACCAGGAAAAGAUUGUGGAACUGGAGCGACAGAUCAACAUUUCUUCACAAGAUCUUGAGGAUGAGAAGCAGAAUUGUUCGUAUUUGAAGAAGCAAAUGGUCAGAGUUCUGAAGAUGCUGAAAAAACCUAAAGACCAUAUGACAAAAGAACCACAGAGUGACCAGCAGGAUCAAAGCUCAUGUGAAGCGGCCCCCCUGUGCCCCAAAGAUACCCAGACAUGGUCCCCGCCCAGCAGCUCGCCUAAUGAAAGCUUCCUGGAAUGUCCCUGCUGCAGAGCUGAGUAUCCAGCCAGUCACUACCGAGAACUGAUGAGCCACCUAGAAAUCUGUUUCGACUGA